AUGACGACGACAGCGCUGGUUCAGAGGGGACUGAUCAGCUACUGCUACGCAGAAGGAGAAAGCGUUCGGUUUUGUGCUCCGCACAGAAAGGCCUCUCUUGACCUCGCCUCGGUGGCCUCCUCUUCCGCCGAGGAGGAGGGGAGCACCACCGGCGCCGUGGCUCUGGACCCCCUGGAGCACGCCUGGAUGCUGUCGGCCUCGGACGGGCGGUGGGAGAGCCUGGAGGGGCUGCUGAGCUGUGAGCCGGCGCUGCUCUGCAAGCGGGACUUCAUCACCGGCUUCACGGUGCUGCACUGGGCCGCCAAGCACGGGCGGCAGGAGCUGCUGGCCACGCUGGUCAACUUUGCCCAGCGGCACCAGCUGCCCGUGGACAUCAAUGCCCGCACCAGUGGCGGGCACACCGCGCUGCACAUAGCCGCCAUGCACGGCCACGCCGAAGUGGUGAAGCUGCUGGUAGGAGCCUACGACGCCGACGUGGACAUCCGCGACUACAGCGGGCGCAAGGCCGCGCAGUACCUGCACCAGGGCACCUCGGGGGACAUGCGGAGCCUUGUGGGGGCCCUGGAGGAGGAGGAGGAGGAAGGGGCUGCCGGCAAUGGGAGCGGGCGCUGGAGGCUCUCCAAGGUGUUGCCCUCCAACCUCAUGAGCUACCGGCUCUCCCACCACCACCACCAUCACAGCACUGGGGAGGAAGCUGAGGGCACUGAAGGGGCAGCAGUGCCAGGCAAGGGCAAGGAGAUGACCAGGAAAGCCUCCGGCAGCGGGCGGAUGAAGCCUCGGCUUAAUAAGAUCCGCUUCAGGACUCAGAUCAUCCACAACACGCCAUCCUUUCGUGGUGACACCGAGGAAGAAGAGCACGAGGAGAAAUCCCUGAAAGCGUCGUUCAAGCUCAGGCCGAAGUCCAAUGUCUUUGGAUAA